AAAGCUAGACGGUGGUAUACGAGAUAGUGUUGCUGGUGGUGGUGACGGUGGCGAGUAUGAUGAGGCUGUGCGAGGAAGUAACGACGACGUGAGAGAGAUAAACAAGAGAUGAACGGCACGCAGCAGCAACAACAUCCAGCAAGAUUCGCCGACUACUUUGUCAUCUGUGGCCUCGACAAAGAUUCUGGACUCGAGCCUGACAAGUACUUUGGUGACUCGCUGCAAUGCACGCCGCUGGAUCGAGCUUACAAGAGCAAGGUCCUCGGGCACUACCCGGACUCGGUGCCGUGGAAUCCCUUCGACGAGCACGCGGUCUGCAUGCUGUGCCUGCCAAGCGGCUUGCGCUUUCGCACGCAAAAGCACUCGGUGGAGCCGUGCUUCCACUCGUUCGUCCUGACCAAGGAGGACGGCCACCGCACCUACGGCUUCAGCCUGCUCUUCUACGAGGAGUGCCGCAACCGCAAGAUCUGCGCGGCCAUGCAGACGCUGCAGGCGAUGUUCAUUACGGAGCUGAGCAGCGGCCAGAACGGCACACCUCCGCAGCCGCGCAAAGGACACGAGGGCCACGGCAACACGAGAUCGCUGCCGAGGCACUUCAAGCUGGCGGCGCACUCGGCCGCGUCGGCGCUGGCCUACUACGACUCGGCCAAGGACAAGCUGCUGGUGACCAAGUCGAUAUCGCUGAUCUGCCAGCAGCCGUAUCUUCACGCGGCCAAAAUGUUCCUGACCAAUUUGUACAAGUGCGUGCCUAGGCACCCGGGCCCGGGCUUCAGCCUCGAGUCCUACGUGUACAACCUGCUCUACAACGUGCCCACCCCGAUGCCCGGCAAGUCGCUCAAGUUCUACGUGCCCAACGACGAGCCGGCCAAGUCGCCGCUCGAGCUGGUCCUCCACCAGCCCCUCCUCGGCCAGGAGCUGCCGCCGCUCGACUACUCGCUCAAAGACGUGUUCGCUUGGCUGGGCAUCGACUGCGUCAUACAGCUCUUCACUUGCGUGCUGCUCGAGAACCAGGUCCUCAUACGCAGCGCCGACUUUCACAAGCUGAUGGUCGUGUCCGAGUGCGUCGCCGCUCUGCUCUUUCCCUUCUCCUGGCAGCACGUCUACGUGCCCAUUCUGCCCGCCAGCCUCGACCACUUUCUCGACGCGCCCGUGCCGUUCAUCAUGGGCAUACACGCGCACAACGACGUCGGACUGCAGAAGAUCGCUAGCGAGGCUAAUCUGUGUUAUGUAGAUAUCGAUAAGCAAACCGGUCAAUUUCCCGAGGAGUUGCCCGUGUUUCCCCACAAGCUGGCGUUCAUCGACGAAAUUAGAGGCUAUUUGAAUAAGUACAAAGUUCCAUACUUGGACAAGACUGACAAUAUAUUCGCGAAUUACCUGAAUGGUGAUAUCAUGACAAGUAGCUUAACGCUGCCCGGCUCCGGCUUCUAUUAUCCAAAGAGAAAGCACUCGCUGCACGACAUGCUCGACUGGGACAGGUCCGAGUCAGCUCCACAGACGGAUCCGAUACAAAGGAUAUUUGACGCCGUUCGACGGACAGAUGUCGACGUGGACGAUGUCGAUACGAUCAACAGCACGCCAAAGAGUCAAACACUCAGUCAUCAGGAGGAGUACCAAGAGACGUUGAUCUUCAAUAAUGCUAUGAGGGAAAUUUUUCUCAAUCGUUUCGUGCAAAUAUUUUCCAGUUAUGAGCACUUCGUUAUAUUGCCUAGUCAAGACAGAGACGAAUGGAUCAACAAUCGCGACAACAUGCAUCUAUUCGACAAAGCCACAUUCUUGUCCGAGCAGCCAGCUCAUCAUUUACCUUUCUUAUCCAGAUUCAUCGAGACGCAAAUGUUUGCAUCUUUAAUCGACAGUAAAGUCAUGUCCAUGUGGAACGAGCUUGAUUCAAACAUCAAAUUAUUCGAUAAGAGAGUGGCGCAACUGAAAAAGAGAGUUGGCGAAGGAAUCGUGCGCACGACACGCUACGAAAUCUGCACAACCAUACCGGAAACUCAGGCAGUUAUAGAGCAAAGGUUAAACAACGUUGACUUCGAAGUGAAUCCACCAACGGAAGUCAUACCUCAUCGAGCUGCUUACUUUCGUAGCUUCCCCCUGCUCGAUAAAGUCGCAUUGAAUAAAGAGCCUACAAAAAGUAUGCUGCGCAGUAGGAAAGGGCAGACACAGUGGAAGUACAAAAUGAAAUCACUAGAGGCGAAUGGUAAGCCAACAACAACGCAAGAAACUCAGUCGCCACGACCGCAAACGAAACUGUCGACUGACAUGAGCCCUGCUCUGAUUGCUCAAGCCAAUUGGACUUUCGUCGAAACCUUACUAAAAGAUAUCAAAGCAAAAACAAAGCGAAUGCUGGUAGAAAAAAUGGGAUCGGAAGCCGUUGCGUUAGGUCACGGGGGUGAAUCCGUGUGCGACGUCGAAGAAAACACUUUGGUCGCGAGUCUGUGUGAUUUAUUGGAGAGGGUGUGGAGUCAUGGAAUACAGAAUAAACAAGGAAAAAGUGGCCUUUGGACGCAUUUGCUCAUGUAUCAGCAACUAGAAGAAUGUAGCGAAAGUGAUAAGACUAUCGAUGCUAAUUAUUUGUCGCCAGCUCUAGCUUGGUGCGUGCUUCGGAAGCGGCUUGAUUCUAAGAAACCGUCCAAUAAGUUAGCUCGAUUCUCGGAUCGUUUGGUUUCCUCGUUAAAAAGCAAACACAUUUACGAAAUAGCUUCUUAUUUCAAGGAAAAUAUAAGCGAUCUAUCGAAUCUCGCGUUGGAAACGGAUGUGUCACCCACUCGAAAUUCAGAUCACCAGCGUCAUCACAAAUCGCCAGCUGGCACAUUAGAACGUCGCUCGGUUGGCCCUGAACAAUUGAGACCUUUGCCCGACUCGUUGCUAUUCGAUAUUAGAAAUGUCCAAGCCAUGACAGAUAUCAAGACUCACAUUGGCUAUGCAAGAGCUUUCGUAAGAUUGGCGUUAGAAAAGAAAUUACUAUCGAGGCAUUUGAAAACUCUUCUUUCGAAUCAAACUCUGUUAAGGAGCCAAUACAAACGCUCAGCAUUUGUGCGUUGCGAGGAAGAGAAGGAGCAAUUUUUGUACCAUCUACUCACACUGAAUGCCGUGGACUACUUUUGCUUUACGAAUAACUAUCCUACGACCAAACUGCCAUAUCGAGUAAUUAUAUUUCCAAGUAGAAAAGCAAGCGCCGCGCAGACGUCAGCAAACAGUUGGAUUGCUAUUUCGGGCUCGCUUUGCGAGACCAAUCCGGUAAACGUACCGAGGGGCGCUUUAGAGUUUGUUUUCCACCACAAAAAUCUGGGCGUACUAUCGACACUGCGAAUCGGCCACGACAACACAGGUACAUCACCGAAAUGGAUGGUCGAGCACGUGGUGGUGCGUAACGAAGUCACCGGACACACCUUUAAGUUUCCGUGUGGAAGGUGGCUUGGUCGUGGUAUCGACGAUGGAUCAACAGAACGGCUACUCGUUGGUGCACUGGUACCCAAGAAUGUAGAUAACGAAGAGCUUGUUGAAACGUGUUCGACACCGCCGAGAUGUCGAUCGCCUAGUAUACCAAGGAGACCAAGUAUGUCACAUGAUGAAUUAAAACAGAUGCUAGGUGAAGCUGUGAAUGCAAUAGUGAAAUUCCACUAUCGAAAGGACAUUCAAGAAAGUUCGCUGACGACAUUGCUAGUUGGUGAAGGCGGCCUUGUACCUACUUUGGAGCAAGUCUUUUUGUAUGGUUUCAAAAACCAAAGAAUAUUUGGAAGGAAUUUUUAUGUUUGGGAUUAUUUUAUUCGAGUUAAAGAAAAUUUCCAGAUGUCAUUGUUAGAGGAAAUGGAUGAUUAUUCUAGCCGGUUGAAUCGUGACAAAAGAUUACAAGCCGAGAGAAAACAGAAAUAUGCUAUUCUCAGGUGUUACUGUCACCUACUCGAUCAAAUAAACACUUUCAGUCAGACUCUCGGCAAAGAUGGCAAAUUUCAACUUUUCAUAUGCUUAGCUACUAGGGAGCAGCUACUGCAUUUAAUGUUACGUCCAAUGAGCGAAGCUCGCUCGACCAUAGAUAUGUACGAAGAGACGUCAUUUCUCCGAAGUCCAACGUUACUUACUUUCCUUGUACAAAUUCUCGAGCCGCUCAGCGGCUUUCAUAUAGUACUUGAAAAAAGUUUGACCCACGGAAUCUCAAGUUUAUAAUGUUUGACGUAUCGCAAAGUUUAAAAAAGAGACAGUAGCUGGAAAUCUUAUUAAAAGCGAGCGGAUAUAUUUUCACGAUUGUGAGAGUUGGAUAAUAUAUAAACUCAGAGAAGUUAUAUGGAAAAAUACACAAUUAUGUUGAUCUGCGAAUGCGAUAUGAAAUGAAAAAACUACUUUUUCUUUGUCAGAAUUUAUCUUGCCAAUGACAGUGAUGAAAAUACCACUAGUUUAAGAAAUCGACGAAAAAAACUCGUGUUAAUCUACCAAAGAUAUUCUUUUUUCUGUUUACAUAUAAAAUUUUACUAUUAGCAUUCGUUUAGAUGACCCUAGAUUUAGAAUGUUGUUAAAAAAUUUUCAUCGUCCAGUGUAUGAGGUAAAAAUUUUAGUCGAUAUCUCUAUUGUCCAGAAAAAAACGCAACAACCGACGCGACAUCGAUUAUCGAGCCGCACAAGCUACAUCAGAAUUACGAAACAAAAUUUGUGACUAAUAUUUUUAUCGCAUAAUAAAAUAUUGUUGUUGAAAACAUGAUAUGAACAUUUGUAUCUGACAUGUGUAUAUAAAACAUUAGAUAAAUCAGUCCAUUAUCGCCGCAUAAUGUCGCGUCCUCAUUAAUAUUUGUUAAUUUAGUAUUUAGUAUUACUCAAAACGUUUAGUUUUGUUUUUGUUCCUUGGCGUUAUUAUAUAUCGUUGGCUAAGAUUCAAAUUAAAAAAAAUUAUAAUACAAUUAGAUAUUUUAUGCUUCUCUUUGAAAUGCUGUGAAAACUAGGAAAACUGUAUCGUAAUUAGUAGUAAUUGCUAUCUCACCGAUUUAUAUUCAGACAUCUAUGUUACCGAUAAACUUGAACAAAGAGUAGGUUACUAUAAGGUUAGAUAAGUUUAUUUAAAAUCGUAACUGCAUUUAUAGAGAAACUCAAAAUUCAUACGUACAUACUACAUCAAUUAAUGUCGAAAAAUACGUAUCUCGUAAAUUUUGUGUAAAAUUCAAAUGCGUGUGCGAGUGUUUUCUACCCUGAUGAUUUGUUUUUAAUAUGGACCAAAUGUUAACCACAACUCAUGUUAUACUGAUAUUUACUGAAAUAUUUCAUAAUUUUAGUGUAAAGUUUUUUCUGAUUAAUACUUUUUAUAAAAAAAAUAAAAUUAAAUCUUUUAGCAAUGCUCUAUUUUUACGUGAAAUAUCUACUUGAAAAUAUACAUAGAUUUCUAAAGAAAAAGAAUUCCCUUUUGCUUGAGUGCCAAAUCGUAUCUGAAGUUUUUAAUUAUAUUUUUAAUCGUUUUAAAUAACGAAAAGAAACUUGUAAACAUUUAAAAGCAAUUUUAUGAAUCGUGCAAAGAAAAUUCCGUUCAAAUAGAUCUGUUGUAUUUGUUUUACGAAAUCUGUAUCUUAUAUUACUCCUGUGAUGAAAUAUUUAUUCCAAAAAAAGAACAAUGUUGGUUUACUUAUUUUUAAACCAAAGCAGACCGUUACAUACAAUUAGAUAUGAAAUUUUACGCAAAGCAAAUGUAUAUACCAAAAUGUUGCGUUUUAAUCUUUAGUGGUGAUGUCACUUUUACAGAAAUUAAAAAAAUUUAUAUAAUAAUUUAUAGGUGUAUAUACGAUACAAGCUGAGAUGGCUGUAAAUUAGUUCAGAAAAG